AUGACUCUGAUUCCAGGGACCUUUAUGAGAUAUCCAUUGCAGGGCCUCCGUUACAUGGAUCAAGCAGUUCAGCUACUCUCUGGCAAAGAACUGGGUGGCAGCUUGUUGGGUGGUCUUUUUGUUGAAGCUUCUAAGAUGAACAUAGGUCACAGCGACUUGGCACGAGCCCGUAUCUUGGCUGAGAAGGCAACACCUUACUUGAAAAUAUCAUAUGGCAGUGACAGUCUACAAGUGCUCGACAACCAGCAUCGAGCGAACCAUCCGUCUAAGAACAUCUAUUACGGCUUAUCAUCUCUCGAUUGGGCGACACCCGUCCAUGAUGUCCCGUCGAGUCUUGAUUCCACCGGAUUUGAAGACUGGCUUUGGAGAAGAGAGGGACUGCAGAAAUCACAAAUUUAUUUCGAAAGCCCAAACAGCUUUUUGAGCAAUUUCACUUUCCUUUCAUUCCUGGAACUUCCGCAUAGGGAUCGGAAGAGCCCAGAGUUCUAUGAGAAUGUUGGAAAGUCUAAUUGUCGACCACGACGCCACUGGUGUUUCUUGGGCGAGAUUCUGGAGUUUGACUUGUCAGAUCUCGUAAUUGUGGUCAAAGACAUCGAUGACACAAAUGUCGAAAUCUUACUCGAACCCAAUGCACGAAGCAUAUUUCCUAGACUUCGAAAAGCGCACACGGUUGCAAUUCUCUAUGCACAACGCGACGGCAAUAUUACUGAGCCUGAAAUCGGCCUUGAAAACGUUGCAUUAUUUCAGAUCUUCCCAACAUCGUUGUCUCACUUGAUUGCAUUAAGAGAUCUGACUCAAGAAUUCUCUACGAAAAGAGAGACUGAUAAUGCCAGAACAUGCCAUGGAUGUGGUAAGAAGUCAUCGUCAAUGGUGAAAUGCAGCGGGUGUUCCCUUUUCUGGUAUUGCAAUCAGAAAUGUCAGAAGAACGGCUGGAACACUAAGGGCCACAAAAAUGAUUGCAAAAUCCUCAAAAUGCCUGAUAUGCGAGGAAUGUUUUUAAUGAAAUGGGACGAGUUCAAUGGCGUUGUUCGAUUUCCUUUGCCUUUGCCGACGGUCGUGGGAAAUUAA